GGUCAGGCAUUAGUUUCAAAGUUAGUUCCCUUUGGAAAACAUGAAAGUUCUUUUAGUCUGUGCUCUGUUUGUGGCCUGUGCCCAUGCGGGUCUGGUUUCGUCCGUUAAGGAGCGGAUAAUGCCCAGUUUUGCCACUGGCCGCAUUAUCAAGGGUGAAGAUGCCGUACCACAUUCGGCUCCCUACAUUGUCUCGUUGAGCAAGACUUCCAAGCAUUCCCACAUAUGUGGCGGUAGUUUGAUCAACAAGAAUUGGAUUUUGACCGCUGCCCACUGUAUCAGCAAUCCUGUGGGUAUGGGUGUUGUUGCUGGCCUGCAUCAGCAAAAAUCUUUGGACUCGAAGACCCAAUCUCGUGUUGUCGACUAUGGCAAAGUUCACGAAUUGUAUGGCGGAAGUGUUGGACCCUAUGACAUUGCGAUUUUACAUGUUUCCCAACCUUUUGAAUUCAACGAAUGGGUUAAACCUAUUGCCUUGCCUGCUCCUGAAGAAAUUCCCGCCGGUGAGACGCAUUUGUAUGGCUGGGGUCAACCGAAGGCUUUCUCUUUCUCGGCUGCCAAUACUUUGCAAACGGUAACCACACAAAUUGUUGAAUUCGAUAAGUGCAAGAGCGUCUUGCCAGCCGAUGCUCCUUUGGCCGAGUCCAAUGUUUGCUCCGAUUCCUUGCAACAGAGCAUUUCUGCCUGCAACGGUGACUCUGGCGGUCCAUUGGUCAAGGAAUACGCUGAAGGUAGUGCUGAAUUGAUUGGCAUUGUUUCGUGGGGUUAUAUUCCCUGCGGCAUGGCCAAUUUGCCAUCGAUUUACACUCGUGUCUCGUCGUACAUUGAAUGGGUUAACGCUGCUCAAACUAACUUCUAUUUGGCUAAAAAUUAGGGUAUUUGGUUUGAUUUAUGGCUAACGAAAAGAAAAAAAAAUAGAAAAUUGUAAAUAUGUAUAUACACCUUUUUCGAUAAAAUAAACUUUAAUAUGAUUUUAUAAGGUA